AUGAUUAGGGGAGAGAGGCACAUUAAAAAAAUGAUACCUCUAUCAAGUCCUGGAGUUGUACUGACUGGUGAGGAUGUGAGGUAUGCUGCUACAUAUGGAAACCCCUAUUUAAGAGGGAGUGCACCUGUCGCUUAUGUACCUCAUAUAAAUGCUGCUAAUUCAAUUAGCAAGCCUGCACCUCCACCUUACUACUUAGUUCGAAAUAAUAGCGCACUUCCUCAAGUGCCGUCUAUUACUUCACCGUCAUCAUCAUCAUCAUCACGGCCCGUUACAAGUCCAAUGGCAUCAUCUUCGUCGACUAAUAGUGGUGCACAACCUCAAGUGCCUAAACCGUCUAUGCAGUCUUCAGGCGCCCUGUAUAUACUUCCACCGUCCAGUCAAGGUAGCUUGCAGUCAAAUCAAAUAACUACUAAAGGUAAUGCUCAGCAGACUGCCGGUACACACGUAUAA